AUGGUCCAAUCCCAAUAUCGACCUCGCCGAGCUAAACCUGAGCUUUACUCUGUGACGCGCGUGAGCUUCGCGUUGACGCCGCGAGCGACGAUGCGCGCCUCAACUGCAUCUGCGACAACCUCCGCGACGUCUGCGCUGCGUCAAACGAGCUCGGGAUCGCACAGAACGCGCGAGCGACGCGUGAACGUGGCCCGGAUGCGCGCGAAAGAGUUCACUCGCUUCGCGAUCGAUUUCACCGCGCACGAGCGCCGCGCACGCUCGAGGGGCAUCGUGCGGUCGAGCGUUGACCCGACGGUGAUGUCGCUCAAAGCCGACAGCCUGCGGGUGGCGUAUCAGGGGGUGCCGGGGGCUUACUCGGAGGGUGCGGCGGUCGCCGCGUACGAGGGUUGCGUCACCGUGCCGAAAGAGCAGUUUGACGACGUGUACGCAGCGACGGAGGCGCAGGAGGUGGAUCGGGCGGUGUUGCCGUUUGAAAACUCGCUCGGGGGUUCUAUUCAUAGGAAUUAUGAUUUGAUCCUGUCGCAUCAGUUGCACGUUGUGGGAGAGGUAUAUUAUCGCGUGAAUCACUGCUUGCUCGGAAUGCCGGGACAGAGGAUCGAAGACUUGACUCGAGCGCAGUCGCAUCCGCAGGCCUUGGCGCAGUGCGAGGGGUAUCUUAUGAAAAAGAAGAUGGCCCGGGAGGCGGUGGACGAUACGGCGGGCGCGGCGAAGGCGAUUUCGGAGGGUGAAUUGAUGGGCGUGGCCGCCGUGGCGAGCAGACGUGCGGCGGACCUGUACGGUUUGGAGGUGUACGAUGAGGCGAUCCAGGACGAUAAGUCUAACGUCACGCGCUUUCUCGCGCUAUCCCGGGAUCCGAUCCCUCCCAUGGAAACCGAUGUGCCGUACAAGACAUCCAUCGCGGUGUCGCUCAAGGAGGAGCCGGGAGCGUUGUUCAAGGCGUUGGCAUGCUUCUCGCUUCGAAACAUCAACAUGACGAAGAUCGAGUCUCGACCCUUGCGCACGAACCCAGUGACGAGCGCAGGCGCUCGCUCGUCCAUGCAGUUCACCUACUUAUUCUAUAUCGAUUUUGAAGCGAACAUCGCGGACGAAAAGAUGCAGAACGCCUUGCGCCACUUGGAGGAGACGGCGACGUUCCUUCGCGUUCUCGGGUCGUACCCGAGAGAUUGCUCGCAGUUGUAA